GGAAACGCAGAGCAAAGCCACAACUUAAAGGCUACGCCGCUAAAGCAACAACAGCUUCAGCUAUCUAAUGUCGCAUCUGAUUCUGUUAUUUCUUUGUGUGUGCAUAUAUAUGAAUGAAAUGGAUGUGAAUCGACCAAAGCAUUGCUAAUUUAGCCUCAGAGAUAUCUCUAUAUUAGAGGUAUUUCCACUCUGAGUAAAUCCUUAUAAAUGCCGAAUUUACACAAUCGACUAUUCUUCGGUGGAGAGAAUUAAUUAAUUUCGUCGGUAUUACUCUUGUCGGACUUUAAUAUUAACGGGACAGGUUUCCGGUAGAGUUGCCGGUUGGGAAUUAGGAAGUCAACAUGUCGACUCUGUACAGGAACAGGAUUGAAGAAUUCAGGAUUGCUUUAAAUGAACCAAAGAUCAGCCUCACAAAACUUCAGGAGCUCUGUUUCAGUGGAAUUCCAUUUGAAGGAGGGCUGCGCUCACUUUGCUGGAAGAUCCUCCUCAAUUAUCUUCCCAUAGAGCAGACCCAGUGGAGCUCCUCCUUGAAGAAACAAAGGGAAAUUUAUGCACAGUUCUUGAAGGAAAUGAUCAUCCAGCCCGGCAUUGCCAGGGCAAAUUUGGGUUUCUUUCGAGAGGAUGUCACGUUAGAAGACCACCCCUUGAAUCCAAACCCUGAUAGUCAAUGGAACACUUACUUUAAAGACAACGAGGUUCUCCUGCAAAUUGACAAAGAUGUCCGGCGACUAUAUCCAGACAUGGCAUUUUUCCAGCGGCCUACUGACUAUCCAUGUCUUCUGAUUAUGGAUCCCCAAAAUGAAUUUGAAACACUUCGAAAGCGGGUAGAGCAAACCACCUUGAAAUCCCAAACAGUUGCACAUAAUCGGAGUGGUGUCACUAAUGUUUGCUCCCCUCGCAAAACUGCCUCUGCCAAUGAGUAUGAAGUGCUCCCCAAUGGCUGCGAGGCUCACUGGGAGGUGGUUGAGAGAAUCCUAUUCAUUUAUGCCAAGCUGAAUCCAGGAAUCGCUUAUGUACAGGGCAUGAAUGAGAUUGUGGGUCCAAUUUACUAUACCUUCGCUACCGAUCCGAAUACAGAGUGGAAAGAACAUGCAGAAGCAGACACAUUUUUCUGUUUCACAAACCUGAUGUCAGAGAUCAGGGACAAUUUCAUCAAGAGCCUAGAUGACUCGCAGUGUGGGAUCACUUGUAAAAUGGAGAAAGUUUACUCUGCACUGAAGGAGAAAGACAUGGAUCUGUAUCUCAAACUGCAAGAGCAGAAUAUCAAACCACAAUUUUUUGCCUUUCGCUGGCUCACACUGCUGCUAUCACAGGAGUUCCUUCUUCCUGAUGUUAUCCGAAUAUGGGAUUCCCUCUUCUCUGACGUUGACAGAUUUGAUUUCCUCAUCCUAGUCUGCUGUGCCAUGUUGAUUUUGAUUCGAGAUCAGUUGCUUGCUGGAGACUUCACAAUAAACAUGAGACUGCUACAGACAGUGGGUUCCUUUCGAAAAGCAGCACGCUGGGAAGUACCUUUGAAUCCCAUCUCCAAAGAUCAGGUGGGGGAUUACACUGUCCCAAAGGCCCAGUAUUUGGAUUACCCAAUUUCUGAUGUUGACCUGAUCCUGAAGAAAGCAAAAGAACUACAGGACACAGCAUAGCAACAUUGCAAAUCUGCUCAGUAUUCCAGAAACUGCCAGUCACGUACAUACAGUGAAUAUAUGUUGCGAAGGUGAUCAAACUUGCCUCUGCAGUGCCUUCUGAGAAAACUUCUCCACACUGCUAUGCAGUGUGUGGCUAAAGAGGUCUAUUACUCUGUACUGUGCAAUCCUGUGAUUCCUUGUCUUAUCCUAUUUGUGUCAGUUACCCCCCCCACCCCAUCCUGCCUCCCAACCCCAUGGGGAAAAGUCUUGAUCUUUCUCUCUUGCUCUCUCUCUCUCUCUGUCUGUUGUGAAUUGAUAUGCACUAAUGGUGCUAAUUAUGAUGUCUGUAUGUUGGUAUGUAUUUAAAUUUGCACUCCAAAUGAAAGCAAUGACCUUUCCUCUAAUGAAAGAGUAUGGCAGAAGAUGUUAAUAAACCAAAUCUUAUCACAGAGUUAAAGGAAGCAAAAGCACAAUUCUUGAUGGGUUUGCUCUCUUUAUUACUGUGGUAGAGGUCCCUAGAUUUGGUUUGUGACAGAUUGACCAGAAGGUGAAAGAUCAGUCACUAAAUCAGGUACUUCAAUCAUAACUGCGCAAACCAAACAAAAAAAAAACACUUAAUAGGAUGUUGCUUUGAAAGGCAUACUGUGAACUCCUCUCUGCCUUGAAUGUUGAAACACGCAGUGAGGUUUAGUAGAUUUUCAGUACCUACGAAAGUGUGGCCAGAAGAAAUGAAAGUUUUGUUGUGUUUUGAGGGACCAGGAGGUGAUUGAAUAAAUAUUUAUCUGGCAUUGAGGUAGUAUUUUACAGGUCUGCCACACUGCCUGUGGUAGGCAAUAUUGUCAUAAUAUCCUACACUAGAAUAUUGAAGUUUUUCUUAAUUUUUACAGUAUUGUGCAACAUUUGAAUUAUUAUAAGGAUUUUCACACUGAUUGCAAGACCAGAGUAAGAUCUGAUAAUUGCUGAUGAUUUGGACAAAAUGCAAAAUGUUUUGUUCUUGACAUUUCAGCUGCUGUAUCAAAGCUAGUAACUCACACUAAGGACUCUGAUUUGCUAAAUUUCAUAUGAGUCAGUAGUCAUAUCACCACAUUUACAUCUGUUCUUAGGAGUUGUACUAUCCCCCCCCCCAAGUGAAACCGUACAAUAUUUUAGUGGCUAUAUUUAGUGUUACCUUGGGGUGAGUGGUAGAAAGGGUUAAAAAUAAGGAGUUUUGGGUUGCAUUGAAUUAAUUUCUCUUAAAUUUACAGCAUUACCUGAUUAUUUUUAUAUGUUUGAAGCAGUGUUGUUGAAGAAUUCAUGGUUCUGUUUCUAAAGAAAUAAUUAACAGUUAUAAAAGAUCCAAGGCAUACAAAAAUAAUUUGCAUAUGUAGCAAAAAAAAAUCAGAAUUUGCCAAGGUUAAUCUUUAAAUGUUUACUCCUAUAUAGCUAAUACUGGCUUUCCUUAAGUUUUUGCUGGUUGUUCUUACUUGUUUUUUCUUCACUACCUAGCUGACAUUUCUAUUGAGGGGAAUAAAAGUGUCACUUCUCAAAAAGUGACCAGAUCACUGAAAUGAUAUCAGAAUCAUUAGAACUUGUAAAACAUCUUGGGAAUAUUCCCCCGUUUCUAUCCCUGACAUUGACCUCUUUACUUUUUAAAAUGGGUUACCAAGAUGAGACUAAGCCAAGCUUGAUCAAUAUUUGUCUAUCAUCAUCACUGAAUUUAAGUUGUCUCCUAUUGGGUUCACUUAUAAAUUUGGAUUUGACUUGCCCUGACUUUAUUGCAAACGUAUCAUUUAUACAAUUGCUCAUGUAAAAUCAUAUAACACUUGAACUGGUUAGACUAAAGUUAUCAUUGAAUUCCUUUCAUUGGUAUUGGUCUUCAUCAAACAAUUAUAUUGCAUAGGUAUGAAAACAGCACAAAAUAUUUUGUGAUGUGUGCUUUGCUCCAGAAAAUAUCAUCAUCUUUUUAAAUGUCUACAAUAUUUGCAUGAUUUACAAGCAUCUUAGAUUUAUAUUAGUCUCCAGUCUAAGUAAUUUUAAGGUUUGUGUUUUGAUAAUUGGGGCAUUCAAUUUAUGAUAGUUCAAAGUCCCACAAUUUCUUCUUGACAUCAUUACUUUAAUCAGACACCACCCCUUCCUAAUACUGAAAGAUCUAGUUGUGUUUUUGUUUUGAGGUCCUAGGGUUGCUUCUUUAUCCACCAAACAGUAAAGAGUAAUUUCAUGUAAUUAUUACAGUUCUGUCUGUUGAUCUUGUAUUUGGUCAAUUCUCUGUUAACCAUCUUAACAUUCGUCAAAAUUUAAAAAAAAACUUGAAUGGAACAGCCGGCAAGCAGAGAAUUGCAAGACUAACUGAAACCCUCAAGUUUUGGGUGGGUAAAAGGAUCAGUAACGUUAAAAAAUGCAACAAUUAAAGGAAGGAACUAAUGGUUCAGCAGCCUGCGGUCAAAAUGUGACUGAAAUUUCUACUGUAGUGCUUCCACAUGGAUCACAUCCUUUGACAAUUGCAUCUUCAGGGUUUGUCAUUAUGAUGUGAUGUCAAGAUGUUAUAGUCUGUUGUUUUAAAACCCCAUUCUGAGCUGCUUGCUCUUUCUCCCGUUGUAUCCUUCUCUGAUCACCUCGUUUUAUUCUCUAUGAAACCAGAGUUUGCUUGUCUUUUCAAAGGAAGCCAGAACCCUUACUUGUUUGCUCAACGUUGCAGAAGUCAUUGUACUGCACAGAUAAAUAUUACACAGUGUAAGCUAAUUCCACCUGGAAGUAUUCAUAUAUUUGCUUUCAAUGAUUGCAGAGUGAAUCUCAUGGGGCAUGGACGCUAUCUAGGUCUGGUGAAAUUCCAAUUUCAUUUAAUUUAGAUGUAUCCAUCUAAUUCACAACACUUAAGAAUGAAAUAACCCUUUCCAAUUCUCCAGUUGCAUUAGCCCUAUUAAUUUGAAGAGAUAAUUCAAUCUCUCCAAUGUUCAUUUCUAUUCUGUUGAAUUGUGUCCAAAUUGUCCCUUAACUCUGUGUGCCUGCUUUUGAUUCUGUUAUAUUACCAAACAAAAGUCAUGGAAUCUUGCUCUUGAAAUAUUCCAUUGGUCCUUACCACUAUCAAGCAUUUCAAGGCAUCCUUGGUUUCCUGACACUAUGCCUGAAUAACAUGGCAUCAGUUUAUGAUUAUUCCCUUAUUCUGGCGCCACAUCAGAAUAAAUAGUUUUGCUCUGUCAGUCCAGUAACAUCACAAUUUGGUCAUCUUUCAAGGGGACAAACCAUAGAAAAUAGGAAGUGUUGCAAAAAGGUUUCCUAAGCUGUGGAAGUUAAAUCACUGGGUCUCAAACUGACCAUGGCAGGAAGUUUUGAGACUGCAACUUUAUAUCAUAACACUAGCAGUAGGAUGAUGCACUUGAGGACUAGAUAUUCCCUUCCACAGCUUCUCAUCAAAAGAAAAUUCCAAAUUACUUUGUUCCUUCUCAGAGUAAUUAUAAUUCAUAACAUCUUUAAUUUUAUAUUAAGCUAGCCAUUCUCUGCCACAGCCUUAACCUUAUUGUUGCUAUUUCAGUCCCCCAUUGAUACUUGCCACCACCUGUGAAUGCAGUCUCCCAGAUCUCCUUCCCUAAUGAAGCCCCUUUACUGUUUACCACCCCUCUCCUGACCACAGGUGCCAGAAGCGACUGGUAAAGUCCAUAACUAAAUACCGAAAUGCCAAUGGGGAAAAUAUUGUGACAAGUAUUUUGUUCACACUUCUUCCAUUUUUUUUCUGUUUCACUUUUAUUACCAGAGAGCAAAGGGCAUAUAUUGCUAAUGUGAUAAAUUAUUUUUAUGCUUGCAACUGCAUGACUGAUUAUGGGUAAAAUACAAUAAUACAGUUUGUUAUAUUCUGUGCAGUGUGCAGAAAUGCAAAUUGGUCUGAAUUUAAGCAUUUAAUGCACAGAGUACAUAUUUUGGCUAAUGGUACAUAGCUUUGUGUUUGAAAUAUUUUUGUUAGGAAUGCACUGUAUAGCAAGGGCUUUUCUUUUUAAAAGUCUUUGGUGAAUGUUGUUUGGGGUCUUAGUUUCAAAAGACUGGUAAUAUACUCAUUAUUUCUCUGUUGAUCUCUGGGAAAGGUAAAAUGUGCUCCAAACUCGAGUAAAGAUAUAGUCACUAUCACUGCAAGAAUUGAGUGGUCAUGCAGAGAAAACUGACAGUGCCCUAUGACUGCAGUAGCGAUCCCAGUUUUACAUACAUUGUGUCUGUCAGCUUAUUCUAUGUAUCUGUCCAGCUCAUACAAUGCAUGCACAUGCUUUCUUCUGAACUAUACUGUAUCUUCCUUUCUUUAUCUUAACCUUACACGAGUUGUAACAAGUAUUCUGCAUCUACCUUGUAUACUCUGCUUACUCAUGGUUGUUGUCUCUCAUAUUGUACAUGCCUCUGGUUUCAUGAACACCAUGGUUGCAAGCUUGUGGUUUGUAACUGUUGGUUUCAUUCCUGACAAGAGACAACAUAAAUUGUCUUUCAUGUACAGUGUUUGUGUCUGUUUCUCGCUCAUCACACAUUUGGUCACGCUCGGCACUGUCCCUUCGUUGGAGUUGGGGAGAAGUGCUGGGCAAACAAAGGCUGUUAAAAUAAUUAGCAAUGGAAAGACUUGUUUUAGCCAUUGCGUGGUAUUAUUUAAAGGUAGGAAUACGGUUAGAAUCCUGUUCAUUUCUGUGAAGUCUUCUGUUGUGAUUAUGCUACAGAGUCAAGCAAGACACGUUGACACUAACGAGUGGCCAAAACACUUCCAUUGAGUGGUUUUACCUAAAUGUAACAUCUGUCAGACUAGGUUUUUUUUUUAGUAGCUCUACCAGUUGCAAUUGGGUUUUUGUUUUCUUUUCGUAUCAGGAUUAGAAUGUGGGAGUUUUGUGGCGUAUUCCAUCUAAAGGUAAAGCCCAAUUUUCUAUGGGGUAAAUGAAGGUGUUGAGAAUUGGGGAAACUGAUUUAAAGCUUUUACUUGUGAUGCUUGCUCUUGGCUAUCCUGAGAGGCUGUGAUAGGGGUGUAAGAUUACAUGGGAUUUGUUGGUUCAUUUUCUGGAUGUGGACAAGAAGUACUGGUAAGCUUCAUUCUGUUUCCAGGGUUUAUCUGGAACUGGAUAAGGAUGUAUCCCAGCAAUUAAUAGAAGGAUAAUGGUCCUCCUGAUUCCAAGGUUAAGCAGUUAAAAUGCUGCAUUUUUGCUUGGCUUGGAUAUGGGAUUAGUAAUUCCAGUAAAGAGUUCCUGUGAAUCUAAUUCUCAGAACAGAAGGUGACCUUAACAAAUUGUGUUUUUUAAGCAAAAUAUGUUGUGUGCAUGGUGAUAGUGGUGGAAGAGAAGGAAGGAAAAAAGGCAAGGCCACGGGUAAAUGAAAGGCAUGCAAUACCGCCAAGAUGACUUAAUUUUGAGUUAAAUGUCAACAGUUGCAUUCACCUCCCAAAAUCUUGUAAUAAUCAUAAAAACAUUGAACACUUGGGGCUGAAUUGAGUUUGAAGGCAAAGAGGCAAGUUAAGCAACCACUAUAAAUGGAAUUAUUCUGUAAAGCUAAUCAUGUCCCUUUCACAGUUUCUGAUGUUGCCAUGACACCCAUAGAAUCCUAUGUGGAGCAAAACUAUUGAUACAUUUAUAAGUGUUGCCCUACUUUAAACGGUUACAUGUGCUAUCAGCAUCAUAAGAAUGGGAUAAAUAGUUUGCUGCCAUUCCAUGCAUCUGCAUGUGUUUUCAUUAAAUUAUUUGGGGAAUUAAUUACGGAAUUGACUAAGGCUACAAUGGAAUGUAGGAAAUUACAAUGCAGGAAGGAGUACGUAUCAUUUGCUAGUGUAUGAUGUAUGUAUAUAAACUGGAAUCUAUUGCAUUGUAAGGGCCAGUAAACUUCUUGCAUCAUUAAUAAUAUAAACUUUUAUUUCAUGGCUCGUAAUGACCAUUUAUUGAGUGGCAAGUUUAUAGUUUGCUGCAUUUUGCACAGGUCAAAAAAAAUCUACAUCAAUCAGUUCAAUGUGUCAGAAAUGCAACAAAGAAAUACAGCUGCAAUACAAACUUUAUACUUACAGAGCAAAUACAAGACUAUGUUAUACAAAGGGAUUUUUUUCUGCUGAUUAUGACCUUGGAUUAACAUUGCCCCCCUCCUCCAGCCAUGUGUUAUCAUUUGACCAAUGGUCACUGUAAGUUUAAGCAGGGUUCAUGAUCGAAAUGCCUCCAUUUUUAAAGAAUUAAUCCCUGGCUCAUCUACAAACCAUUAGUGUCUAGCACCUUAUGAAGGUUUUUGGGGGAAGGGUCAUCUCAUUUGGGUCUCUUCCAUAUAAGCUCUCGAUUGUGUUUUGUUUCAAUGAAGGUUUAAUUAAUAUGAUAUUCCAAUGACUGUUAUUAAUGUUUUCCCAAAAUGAUGUGCACUUGUAUUUAAAAAGAAUUUACAAACUGCGCUUAAUGUCUACAUUGCAAUUUUAUAAUGGAAACCAAUUGUUAGCGUAUUUUGUUCAAAGUGCACAUGGUUAAUUGUUGUUUUUGAAAAUAAAUUUUAAAAUAUGCAUAUAAUUUUGAUUGCACUCUGUAAUCUCUGUGCUUCACUAUUUCCAGGUACUUGUCUAUACCCAGUUCUCAAUGUUCCAUCACUUUGCAGCCAAGGUUCAUUUUCCUCAGCACCAAGGUCUAGAAUUCCUUUCAUAAACUCUAUUUGUCCACCUCACUUUUCAAGAUACUCAGAUUCAGAUUUAUUUGUCACGUCGACAUCAAAAUAUACAGUGAAAUGUGUCAUCUGUGUUUACAGCCAACACAAUCCAAGGAUGAGCUGGGGGCAGCCAGCAAGUGUUGCUACAUAUCCUGGUGCUAACAUAACAUGCCCACAAAGUUAAGCAGAACUACACAAGUAGCAGCGACAACAAGACAAAAUGACAACAAAACAACCCCAUCCUAUAUUCCCCACCCACUCACACAUAAAACAUGCUUCCAGCCUCAGGACGGGCUCCCUCCGGGCCUCCAGCCCUUGCCCUUGGACUCUCAGACCGGGCCUCCAUCCUCCAGUCCCUGUAUCAUAUUCAUAGAUUUGCAGCCGUCGAGUUUCUGACUACCCCAGGACUGUGAUGUUCAGGCCUCGGCCCCAGGACUUGCUGGUCACAAGACUUUGACUUUCGGGCCUUGACUUCCAGCCUUGCACGAACCUCCAACCCUGGGACUUGCUGACCUGGGGGCUCCACUGGCCCAUGUGCCUCCUGCCCACAUGGACCUCUGACCUGGGUGUCUCUGACCGCCGACCCAACCUCCAGGUUUGCUGGCCUUUGACUGUGGAACACUCUGAACGCUGAAAGCCUACUUUUUAAACCAAACCUUUAUAAGCAUCCACCCUAGGUGUGGCUGUAAAAUUUUGACCUGGACUAGUACAUUAUUCCCAAGUCUUGGACUGGAUCGUCAAGUCUACUUUUUUGUUGUAUUCCCAUGCAGUCCAUGUGCACCUCAGUCUUAAAUAAACUCAGUAACUUCUGAGAUAACAAAAUUACACAAAAUUCAAACCCUCUUCAUUGUGAAAUGCCUAAUAUCUGUCUCCCUGUCGUGGCUAGAAGAAAUGAGACUGUUUGCAUCGGUCCUGUCAACCUCUGUUAUUUGUUUUGACGAGAUUAAGGCUCACGCUCCUGAGCUCCAGUGAGUAUUGGCCAAUUUGACCUGAUCUCUCCUCACGACAACCUUUUCAUCCCAGGAAUAUAGUGAAUGUACUGUGUAGUGGCUACAGGGCUGCUAUUCCUUCUAUUGGUUUGCAGUCCAAAACUUUGCACGGUACCAGUAAUAAGGUCUCCUGAAUCUGAAGACUAAACAAGCAUGUGAGACUUGUGCUUUCAACCGAUUCUUCCUCUUGUACCUACAUGUUUACUUUCUACAUUUCACAAGCAUCAAGAUCCCUCUGUUAUUCCACAUUUACUAGUGUCUCAAAGACAUAGGAGCAGAAUUAGGCCAUUCAGCCCAUUGAGGCUGCUGUGCCAUUCCAUCACGGCUGAUCCCGGAUCUCAUUCAACCCCAUACACCUGCCUUCUCGCCAUAUUCUUUGAUGUCCCGACUGAUCAGGAAACAACUUCCGCCUCAACAACACACGUAAAAUGCUGGAGGAACUCAGCAGGCCAAGCAGUCAAUGUUUAGGGCCGAGACAAUUUGGCAGGAAUGUUGACUUCUUUCAGAGGUUGACAGAACUUCUGCUUAAAUAUGCCCACAGAUUUGGCCUCCACCUCGGUCUGCGACAGAGCAUUCCACAGAUUUACUACUCUCUGGCUAAAAAUAUUCCUCCUUAUCUCUGUUCUAAAGGGUUGCCUUUCAAUUUUGAGGCUGUGCCCUCUAGUUCUGGAUACCCCCACAAUAGGAAACAUCCUCUCCACAUCCACCUUAUCUAGUCCUUUCAACAUCUGAUAGGUUUCAAUCAGAUCCCCAAGCAUUCUUGUAAAUUCCAGUGAGUACAGGCCCAAAACUGCCAAACGCUCCUCAUAUGUUGACCUUUUCAUUCCCGGAAUCAUCUUCGUGAACAUUCUCUGGACUCUCUUCAAUGACGACACAUCCUUUCUGAGAUAUGGGGCCCAAAACUGUUAACAAUACUCCAAGUGCAGCCUGACUAGCGUCUUAUAAAGGCUCUAGUCUUUACAUUGUUCUAAAUUUUUUUCUGUGCAAAGUGCACCACAUCAUAUUUACCCAAUUGGUAUUGCAAUUGCUAAACCCUGCUCCUUUACUCAACUGGUGUGUAUAUAUACCCAGAGAGACCGCCUUCUCCUAGUGGUUCGCUUUGUCCCCGUCCUCUACUCUUGAAAUCUCCCAGGAUUC